CGCUCCUUCUCUUGAAGCCCAAUCUGAAUCGCAUCACCACCUUCCGAAUCCACAUUCCUUUUCCCUCCCAUCACCACCACCGCCUCCUCUCCUCAACCCUCUCCUCUCCAACAGAAUCAUUGCAAGGCCAUUAACGCGCCUUUGAUUCAUAUUCAUCAUCUGCAGCGCCCAUUCAUCUCUGCGCGGUUUUAAACCUACGGGCACUGCGCGUCUCUGGGGAUCACAACAACAUCCUCUCCACCCACUGGACGCGUCUUCGAGAACCUAAACCCAGUCGCUCUUUCACAACUUCAUCCUCUCGAUCUUAUUUCCUGCAUGCGCACAUCCUCUCCCACGUCCACUAUUCUUCCUCGCUCAGCAUGUUCUACGCCGAGCCCCUCUUAACGAAGACCGGGCCUUUGGCUCGUGUCUGGCUCGCCUCAAAUGUCGAACGAAAGCUAUCCAAAUCUCAGAUCUUGCAGUCGGACAUUCCUUCCAGUGUUGGCGCCAUUGUCGACCAAGGUGCUGCUCCCAUGGCUCUGCGCCUCAGUGGUUCUCUCAUGCUAGGCGUCGUGCGAAUCUAUGGGAGAAAGGCUCGCUACCUACUCGACGACUGCAACGAAGCCUUGAUCAAGAUUCGAAUGACAUUCAAAUCUUCUAACAACCAUGAUUUACCCGCCCAUGCCACCACCUCGGCAGAUCUCAAUCUGCCUGAACUACUCACAAUCGAUGACCUAUUUUCCUCCAUGGAUUUCACUUUCCCACUCACACAACAACCUGCCCUCACUGCUGGACAGCCUGACGAUUUGGAGGAGGAUUGGACCAACUCACUAAACCCUCAACCCAGUAACACCCAGUCGCUACUUAUUCCCGGCGAGGAGGAUGGUCUCUACAACGACAAUGACGUGACUUUGAAUUUCGGUGACGAUGACGUCGAGUUCAAUGACACAACCGUCAGUUUCAACGUUGGCAGAAAUGCACCUACCCCAAAGCCCGAUGGCGAUAAUAUCUUGGACUUUGACGAACCAGUAUUACACGAUGACGAUGCUAUCAGUCUCAACUACGGCGACGACGUACCUAUGGUCGAUCAGCCUGAGCUUGGACUCGAUGACAACCUCCUGCCAGUCGGUGAUGAUGAGCAACUCGCCCUUCCUGACGAUGAAACAUUACAGCUACGACAGGCGGCAGCUCCUGCUAGAGACACUGAGUCCCCCUUGUCAGAAGCCGACCCGGAACUUCUUCGUCAUCUGGAUUCCACCUUCCAAAUCCCACAUGAAGGAGAAGACGUCGACGAAGUCGUCGCACGCCAGCCUCAACGCAGUCGAAAACAAAAGCCCAUUGGCCCUGACAUCGAAACCGUCCUGCACAAUAGCCAGAUCAAAGCCCAAGCAGAAGAUCGCUCAAAGAUCCUUCGGCCAGCAUCCUUCCUUCCCCGUGACCCCAUUCUUCUCACCCUGAUGACCAUGCAGAAGAAUGGCGAUUUCGUCCUCAACGCCAUGAACGACGGAAAAUCUCGGAAUUGGGCUCCUGAACUUCAAGGCCUGCUCUCGUUCGAGGCCUUGACCAGAUCUGGUGACCGAAAACGAAAGCGAGACAGUGGAAUUGGUGGUUUGAGCGAGGACGAGCACAGUGAAAAAUCUCCUCGUCUGGAUCGGCCUGAAGAUGAUGACGAAGGCGUCCAUCUCGAUGACCAAGCUCCACUCCUCGGAGACAUCCCCACUGACGACGGCGUGGUUCCCAUCAUGAGUGAGGGUGGUCCAGCCUUGGAGGAUAUUGUUCCUGGUGAGGACGAUGAAGGUAUUUACGGUGGUGAUGAUGCUUUCGACGACACAACCAUCCCUCUGGUGCAUCCAGCAGACAGUGGUCCCGUUUCACUAGGCACGAAGCAUGCCGUCCACCUUCUGCGUGAGAAACUUGGUGACUCAUCUGGCCAACCAUCCUCGUCGCCCGCCAAAAAAUCCGUCCUCUUACAAGAUCUUGUUCCGGAAGGUCGAACCACAAAGGAAGACGCCACCAAGAUGUUUUUCGAAGUCCUCGUUCUGGCCACCAAGGAUGCCAUCAAGGUCGACCAAGGCGAGAAACAGAUUGGCCUGCCUCUGCGGAUCCGAGCCAAGAGAGGGCUGUGGGGAUCAUGGGCUGAGACUGGUCCAGGAGACGACCCCACCAGUCAAUCACAGGCUGCACCACAAGCGGUCAGCGUUGAGGCAUGAGGCACAUGAUGUUUUAAUGAAAAGGAGAUUUCUAGGACGCACGACGGAGGCGCUAACACGCGCUAUUUCUUGUUUUGGUGAUACCCGGACUCGAGGUCUACCCUGGGAGAUGGAGGAAAAUCACCAAGGCCAUGUACAAGUACCUUUUGGGCAAACAAAGAGAGUCUGCAGGGGCGCGUCGGCGCGUAGGCGGCAAUGCUUUAGCUUGGAGUCAGUUUUGGAAUCUUGGGUAUUUGGGCUCAGCAAGGCCGUUUCGACAUGACCGGGAUUCAAAACACAGCGGUGAAUUUUCAGCAAGAACGAGCACAUGAUCCGGGCUGCGAUUGAGCCUGAAUGAUGCGUGGGGGUUAGAAAUCCCAGUAGCUAGAGUAGAUGGAGAUAUCUGGCUUGGUCCAGAAGAGCUUGAAUACAGAGACAACGUUACCAGCCA